UAUAAGUUUGUAUAAUUAUAUAUAUAUUUAUAUGGAACAAAUAAAUGAAAAAUCUAACGAAAAAAACGAAUCAUUUAAUAAUCCCGAUAUUAACGUUGACAAAAAAAAUUUAAAAAAAUUGAAAAGGAAGAAAAAAUCUAAACAUAAUGACAAAGAUGAAAUACCACUAAAAGAAAAUUAUACAAAACACGUUAAAAUUUCUAAUGAAGCUCACAACUCAGGUGAUGAAGAUAAUUUAGAUAUUAAACCACCUAAUUUAUAUAAUUCAAUGCCAACAUAUAGAGAAAAAGAUUAUCUAAGAAGAAGGGAUAUACCCUAUAAUUAUAAGAUCUCAUUACAUAGGGAAAGAAAUAUUGAUAAUAAAUAUAGAUUGCAACAAAACAAAAGAAUAUUCAAUGAAAGUCAAUACUCACCAGAUAGAUUAAAAUAUGAAAAGGAAAGGGGACACAAUUUGUUUUACAAGCAUUACCCCCCUACCACAUCUGCCCAUUUAUACUCAUCAGGCUCGUCCACUCAUUCUUCCCCAGUAGCCAUCAAUAACCGUGUUGCUAUCAUCGACAAUCGGUCACCUUCACAUAAAGCAUAUCACAGAAGUAGUUAUAAAUUGGCUUCAUCGGAUAAUACCAAAGACAGCUUAAAAAAUAAUCAAAACCUUACUAUACCAACUCCCCAAGAAUUAUCAAACACUCACAAUAAAAGCGAUAAGUUGGAAAAAACUGAACGCAAACACAAAAAGCAUCGUCACAAUCGAGAAAAAUAUGGCCAAGAAUCUAUGGAUAAAGAUAGGCGAAAAGACAAAGUGAGUGCCACCAUCCCACAAAAUAAAAUAGAUGUACAAACAACAGUUUCGCACAAAACCGAAACAGAAAUGAGACAAGCUCUUCUCAGCAGAGAAGAUAAGCUUUAUAAGAGGCCUGCACAUUUUCAAACAUUAGAUAGCAAACGUGCAUCAAAAACGAUUCAGAAGGAAGAAAAUAAACUUUAUACAUUGAAGGAGUCUGUGGAUAUAAGACGACGCCAUCCUAGUCACAGUGAUAUAGAAGAUGAUGUAGAAUUAAAUGAAAACGAAUUUGAGGAGAAUGGGUAUUUUAGAAUGAUACCUUCUGAAGAGGAAAAUGAACGGCUAACUGUGUUAGGCAAUUUGUUGCAAGAAACGGGAGAGGAUAAUAAAGAUGUUGAUAUGAUUUAUGAGAAUGCUUCAGAAGAAAAUAAAGGAUUAGAGUCAUAUAAACUCAUCAAUGAUUCCUUGAACGACCAAAAAACGAUAUCAGAACCAAAAAAAAAAGAUACCAAAAGACUUGAAGAAAAUUUAUAUACAGAAUCGGAUUACAAUAUUCAUCCCAAGAAAAUUAAACCUAUAAAUUCCGUAACCUAUUAUUAUCCUGCCUUUCAAGGUUGCAGGAGUGUGGAAGAGUAUCAGUGCUUGAAUAGAAUCGAGGAAGGGACUUAUGGGGUCGUUUACAGGGCUAAAAACAAGAAAACCAAUGAAAUAGUUGCUCUUAAAAGAUUGAAAAUGGAGAAAGAGAAAGAAGGAUUUCCUAUCACAUCUCUGAGGGAAAUCAAUACCCUUAUGAAAGCGCAUCAUCCCAAUGUUGUGUCUAUAUUGGAAAUAGUUGUUGGAAGUAAUAUGGAUAAAAUAUAUAUUGUGAUGGAGUUUGUAGAGCACGAUUUGAAAUCACUGAUGGAAACUAUGAAACAACCCUUUUUAAUUGGCGAAACGAAGACCCUACUCAUGCAACUCCUUCGUGGUGUUCACCAUCUCCACGAUAAUUGGAUUCUACACAGGGAUAUAAAGGCAUCUAACGUUUUAGUUUCCCACGGUGGAUCUUUGAAACUUGGCGAUUUCGGAUUAGCCAGGGAGUAUGGAUCCCCGUUAAAGCCUUACACUCCAGUCGUCGUAACUUUAUGGUAUCGAGCACCCGAAUUAUUACUAGGGGCCAGUAGAUACUCGACACACAUAGAUACUUGGUCGGUGGGGUGUCUAUUCGCUGAACUGCUCACCUUAGAACCUGCCUUCAGGGGUAAAAGUGAAGUCGAUCAACUUAACAAGAUUUAUAAGGAUUUAGGAACGCCUAACGAAACGAUAUGGCCUGGAUAUACCAAUCUGCCCAUGGUCAAAAAAAUUAAUUUCGUUACAUAUCCCUACAACAACAUACGCAAACGAUACAAAGCAUCCCUUUUAUCCGAUAUUGGUUUUGAUUUGCUAAACAAAUUCCUAACUUAUGACCCGACUAUGCGCAUCUCAGCUGACGUAGCCUUAAAUCACCCAUUUUUCAAUGAAUCGCCUCUCCCUGUUAACCAAGCUUUGUUACCUACUUUCCCAGCGAAAAGUGAAUUAUCUACCUUAAAUAUACCCCAUGUUGCCGUAACCAAGCAUAGUCCUAAACCACCUUCAGGUGGCAAACUAUAUGAUAAUCUCAUGAAAUCGGAAAUUUGUGAUUCAGAUAACGGUAGUUCUAUGACUUCGGCUGAAUACAAGCUAAAAGCACAAAUCUUAGCCGGCCAAUAUAAAUCUUUGGGUCUUCCUCUCCCACAUUUAAACUCUAAUCUUAAUAUAAACCCUCUUCUCGCCUCCUCAACUAUUCCCCCUUUACUGCCCAAUAGACAAUUUCAUCAGAAACUGUAUAUCGACCCAGCCAAAGCAAGUGCUUACCUAUAUAAAUCUAUGGUAACAAAUAAUACCUCCACCUCAUCAACUUCUAUUUCAAAUCAAACUAUCUCACAAACAUUCGACAGCUUUAUCAAUAAUGAAAUCGAUAUUCAUAGUUCUAAAAGUAAGAGAAAUUAUCGAAAGAAUUUAUAAAUUCUCGUUGGAAUUGAUUUCAUACUAUGCUUUGUUUUUCCGUUUUAGGUAUAAAAACAAAUGAAUAUGCAAUGUAAAUAUAAUCG